CCGCCCGACCUCGACUACCUCGACACACAGUGACGAUACACUAAUUAGCAGCUUGCAACUCGCGAAGCCUUGGUGCACCCGCCAUUUCCUUUCCUCGUAGGAGACGCUUCUGCCGCUCCGGACUUGCCUUAUUACCCUUUAUUCUUGCACAAUAAAGUUAAAGUUCAUGCAUUUGCACGAGGAGGACGGCGGGUAGCUCGCGGGCUAACAAAUGCGCGACUCGGACUGGGACCAGCUUUUCUUGCAAUAUAUACGAAAACGAGGGCUGCGCGAUGUAGAGGAGCGCUUCGUGCAGCACGUGCGGCAGCCGCCGGCGCCAGGCGACAAGGAGGAGGCGGCUGCGGUGGCGGCGGGCGUGGAGAUGGCCAGCGGGCUGAUCGACGACCUGGUGUGUUUCGCCGCCGGGCACGAGGCGGCUGUGUACGGCGACGCCUAUGAGGCGCUGGUGGGCUGGGUGGACAGCUGCCUGGACAUGUACCGGCCCGAGCUGCGGCGGCUGCUUCACCCGGUGUUUGUGCGGCUGUACCUGACCCUGGUGGACAUGGAGGCGGGCAGGGAGGCGGCGGCGCUGCUGGCCAGGUACCGCGCGCGCGUGCUGGCCACCCUGGGCGGCAUGCGGCGCGCCGCCGCCUCCGACCUCUCCCAGCUGGCGGCCCUCACCAGCCGCAGCCUGCUGCGCGGCAGCGCCUUCGCCGCGGCACGGCUGGGGCUGGGCGCCGGCGGCCCGGCUGCGGCCAAGACGGCGGUGGCGCUGUCGCCGUACGCGCACGACCUGCUGAUGCGCUGGCUGCACACGGGCGGGGGGCGCAUGCUGCCGCUGCUGAGUGUGGUCAACAGCUGCCUCGACCUGCAGGUGUUGGAGGGGCUGCCCAAGGGCGCCCCCGCGGCCCCGGUGCCGGAUGACGAGCUGGGGGACGACCUGGCGGGCGCGGGGCCGGGCGGCGGCGCAGGGGGGGCAGGGGCAGACGAGGGGGGCGCGGACGCGGGUGCGGAGGCGGCGGAGGCCAACAUGGUCAACCGCACCGAGAUAAAGCUGGGGCUGCUGCAGGGCAAUGUGGAGGACAUGUAUCGGGAACAGCAGGAGAAGCACAAGGCGGAGGCGGCGGCCGCGGCGGCGGCAGCAGCGGCGGCGGGCGAGGCGGACCCGGCGGCGGCAGACGGCCAGGAGCCGCAGACCAAGAAGGCCAAGAAGGCGGCGGAGAAGGCGGCGGCGGCGGCGGCCGCGGCGGCGGCGACCAGCAAGUCGGUGGUGCGCGGCGAGCGGAUAGAGCAUCCGCCCUUUCUGCCCAGGCUGCCGGACGAGGUGGUGUCGGCGGCCCUGCGCGACAUCAGCCUGCGCGCGCCCGUCACCGCCGCCACGCCGCCCUCCUGCGCCUUCUUCACCUUUGUCAACGCCAAGCAGACCCUCAACUGCAGCACCUUCAACUGCGACGGCUCCAAGAUCGUGGCCGGCUUCAACGACUCCUCGGUGCGCGUGUACGACAUGCCCACCAUCUCACAACACCACGCCCUGCUGCGCCGCUCACGGCGCGGGCAGGUUCCAGGCGGCGGCGGCGGCGGCACGAACCCGGACGGCACGCCCGCGCCCGCGCCCCCCUCCGCCGACGACCUGGAGGAGAGCGAGCCCCCGGGCACGCUCUACCUGCACGGCCACACGGCUGCCGUACACGCCGUUGACUUCAGCGUUGACCAGCGGCUGGUGCUGUCUGGGUCCUCGGACGGCACGGUCCGGGUGUGGGGCGCGGAGUUCGGGUCCUGCCUGGCGGUGUACCCGGGACACGUCUUCCCCGUGUGGGACGUGGCCGCGUGCCCACUAGGCCACUGGUUCGCCAGCGCCGGUGCGGACCGUGUGGCGCGGCUGUGGGUGAGUGAGCGCACGCAGCCGCUGCGGCUGCUGGUGGGCCACAACGCGGACGUGGACGUGGUGCGCUGGCACCCCAACUGCUGCCUGGUGGCCACGGCGGCGGGGCAGGCGGACCGCACCGUGCGGCUGUGGGACGUGCGCGAGGGCAAGUGCGUCAGGUACCUGCCCUGCGGCCGCGCGCUGCCCGGCAGCCCCACCUGUCUGGCGCUGUCGCCGGACGGGUCGCACAUCGCGGCCGGCAGUGAUGAGGGCGGCGUCACGGUGUGGGACCUGGGCACGGCGCGCCGCGUGGCGGCCGCACCGCCCAGCGCCGCGCACACCGGCGCCGUGUGGAGCCUGGCCUACAGCCAGGGCGACGGGUGCGUGCUGGCAUCAGGCGGCGCGGACGAGACGGUGCGGCUGUGGCGGAACGAUACGGGGGAGGCGCUGGCGGCGGCGGGCGUGGCGGCGGCAGACGGCGGCACGGGCGCGGACGGGGAAGGCGGCGGCGCGGAAGUCGGGGAGGGGGCUGCGGAUGGGGCCGCGGAGGGCGGUAAAGAGGGCGGCAAGGACGGCAAGAGCGGCAAGGAGGAUAAGGGCGGCAAGCCGGCGGGGCCGUAUGCUCAGCUGGGCCGGUACCGGACCAAGUCGUCGCCGGUGGUGUCGCUGGCCUUCAGCAGCCGCAACCUGCUGCUGGCGGCGGGGCCGUUCCACAGGCGCGGGCCCAUCACAUAGGAGCGGGCGGCGGUGGUGGGCUGUGGAGGUAGGGGCGCGCCUGAGCCGCGAGCUGCUGUAUGGUGUUGAGGCGCGCGGCGUGGGGGCGUUGGCGUGCUGCGCGUUGCGGCUUCGGGGCUGUUGGGUCGGAAGCCUGUGUGUCCGGUUGCGGCAGGUCGUGUGCUUAUCAUGGAAUGCAUGACGGCCCGCUGCCGUAAAUUAUGAAACCAAAUGGUCAGAGGUCAGGCGUGCCAGGGCUCGCUGGAAGAGGCCUGUGAUGCGGCAGCGCCUGUCAUGACUGGUGUGGCGACGAUGCUUGACGGGUCUAUCGAAUGGGUAGCCAGCCCUGGCCAGCCGGACGCUGUGUUACCCUGCCACAGCGGAUGUGGCGCCAAUUUUGCUGUAUCACUUCCAUGAUUGUCGACAUAUGGAAAUA